AUGUCGCUAUUCAUUAAACAUUAUAGGCCUGGAUCAAUAUUCAAAAAGCAAAUACUAUGGCGUUUAAAUUCAAGUGUGGCAGAAAACCACGAAAGCGAAGAGGAGUUUCGUGUUCUCGAUAUACUUAAAAAAAGAGAUAAACAGCAGAAGAGAGUUGCUCGGAGGAUAGAUGUCCCUGCUGACAGAGCUGAGAAAAUGUCUACAGAUCAGAAUUGGGGUAAUGUCUGGCCUGGUCCACGAUCAUUUCACCCAUCUACUGUUCCCUUACCAAUUCGUCAAGGUUAUGUUCCCAAAGGCCAAGUACCACCUGGCAAAAAGGCAAAUGCAGAACUUAUGAAAAUACCCAAUUUUUUGCAUUUAACUCCACCUGUUGUUAAAACCCAGUGUGAAGCAAUAAAAAAAUUCUGCACAGAAUGGCCAAAACUUCUUAACUCUGAUGAAGCAAUUGAAAAACACUAUCCAGUGGAGGUUAUUACAUCAGACUACUGCCACGCAAGCCCCACUAUUAGGAACCCAUUAGCCAGAGUUGUGACAUUAAGGGUCAAGUUAUCUACUUUGAACCUAGACAAACAUGCUAAAGAUAAAUUCUUGAGGUUAGUUGGAGACCAUUACGAUGAGAAAACAGAUUUAAUAACUUUAACAGCUGAUAGGUGUCCCAUGCGCAGGCAGAAUUUGGAUUAUGUUAAUUAUUUGCUAACGGCAACUUAUCAUGAGGCAUGGACGGUCGAAGAUUGGGAGAAAGAAAAAAUGGAAGCUGAUAUGGAGUAUUAUGACUGGAAUAAUAAUCAGUCUAAGAAGAAUUUAGUUAAUUGGUACCACCACUGUAGUAAUAAAGAUAAAGCACUGAGUGAAGAUGAAUACAAGAGUUUUGAUAUAUCUGUAAUAGAUCAUGGGGAAGAGUAUAAGUUGGCAGUGUCUAGUUUAUUUAAUGAUGGUGAAAGCGAGAAGACAAUAAACAAUUACGAUACAGCUGUAAGGAAGUUAUUAGGUUUGCCAGAGAGGAAAGCUAUAGAAUAG